AUGGACCAGAUUCCGGGCAUUCUAUAUGCCGACGAGGACUUUACCACAUGGCUAAUACUCGGCGCCAGCAGAGGCAUAGGGCUAGAGUUCGUCAGACAGCUGUUAAAUAAGAACGAGCGCAUCAUCGCUACUGUACGAGAGCCUUGGGCUGGUCAUGCCAGUGGCUUGUGGGGACAAGCGGGGAGCGAUCAUGGCCGAUGCCAAAUGUAUACAUGUGACAUUCUGUCAGAGCAGAGCAUCGAGAAAUUCGUUGCGCAGCUGGCAAUGAUACCGAACCUAAAGAUAGACUAUGUCGUGCUAAACGCAGGUGUUCUAAGGUACCCGAAUAGGGCCACUGAGCUAUCGUUCGACGAGUUCGCUUUCCAUCUGCACACUAACACAAUCGGGCCUAUCAUCACAGCCCAGAAGCUACUUCAGACGAACAUUCCCAUCGGCACCAUCACAUUCAUGUCCAGUGAUUCGGGCUCCCAAGGUAACUUCCGCGAAAUGGAAGAUGGCUUCGCUGCAUAUGCUGCCUCCAAAGCUGCACUCAACAUGGCGGUCAGACAUAUGGCUGCUGAGUUGAAGAGGAAAGACGAUGAUACCAUCAUCCUAUGCAUGCACCCAGGGGAAGUUGCAACAGACAUGGCGAACGUCCAACUGCCAUGGGAAGUCCAAGGCAUAAUUACGCCAGAAGAGUCGGUCAUGAAGAUGAUCGAAGUCAUCAAAAGCAAAGGCAUACAGCACAGUGGUACUUUCUGGACUUAUGAGAACAAGGUCAGCACAUUAAAUCCUCACCCCUGGAUUGUUGACUAA